CACAUGCCACACACAUGCCACAUGCAUUGAUAGUAACAUUUUGAAGCGGCAUUAAAACAUGGAUUCCCUCAGUAAGCUUUGCCGAACUAUCCCCUUCUUUAUCUCUUAGGUCCUCAACCCCCCUCGCCGCGCCCCCCAUCCCGAAGCUCCGUUGUUACACAACUCUCAGGCUGUCUGCACUCUGCGCCGCCCGUUUGUCUCAGCUGUGCCUUCUUCGGACGAGCUCGAUUCAUUCGGUCCUCUUACCACCAAACCCCCGGUUCCUCUUUUUUUGCAUUACCGAAACCCGGCUUUCUUUUGCAUUGGACGGUUUUACGUCACUCUGGGGUCUGGCCGUUCUGUGUAAAUGCAACCGCGUCACCUUCAUCGCAGCACGAGCCCCCUUGUGAGGGACCCUGCGCUAAUAUGCAGUUCUUCCCCAUAGUGAGCAAGGGUCGAAAGCCCAAGUUUGAUGUUCAUAUUAAGAUAUCUGAUCUCAACAAUGUGCCACUUGUCUCGGGAGUGUCCAUGAUCAAAUGGCAUCUCCCGCACAGCAUUCAUGGAGAGCACCGCGGACGGACACAGAAAUGCCCAAUUUCAAACCACAGGGUCGACUACAACUACUCCAAGAUCGUCCCAGUCCGCAUUGGUAUCGACCGUAACAACAGCCUGGGCGAAUGCGCCAUCGAAUUUGAGGUAGUCCAGGAGUUCAGUGCCGGUGGGCUGGCCAGCGUAGCCGGGCGGGAUGAGAAGAUCACCCUCGGUACCGUCCGCCUCAAUCUCAGCGAGUAUGUGGAGGAAAGCGAGGCGAUAUUGCGCGAUGGAACUACCGCCAAUGCUAUCAAGGAGAUACUGGCGUCGCCCGUGCAGAAAUCCAGCCACCACCGCAAACGCAGCUCGCUGAGCACCAGCGUCUCCCCAGUGACAGAAUCGAGUCCCCGGGGUUCCCAAGAAGAGGAACGGCCGACAACAGACGUCCAGGACGGCGUGGUGCGGCGCUACCUCAUGCAGGACAGCAAGAUCAACUCGACACUCAAGAUCAGCAUUUUGAUGGUGCAGGUCGACGGCGAACGCAAUUAUGUUGCCCCACCUCCCAAAUCUGCCCCCGUCUUCGGCGGCAUCGCCGGUUUCGUCGCGGGAGACACAUUCGAACCCGUCGACGUCGGCGCAACCACCCCGGGCCUCGCGCCCUCCUCGUUCACCGGGAAAUCACGCGACAUGUUCGAGGUUCAAGACAUGUACCGCCGCGCCCUAGCCGCCAGCUGGGCCAGCCAACCCGGCGAGCUGCCGGCCGACCAAUGCAUCGAAAACAUCUUCGGCGGCGGCGAGGGCUUCGAGACAUCCCCAAAACACCAUCACACACGCGGGCACUCACGACACCACCACCACCACCACCACGCGACGACUGCCAGCCGCGGCCAAAGCAGGGUUGGGUCGGGCAGAGACGACAGCCCGCCCAGCAGCAGACGAAACUUCAGGCGCGAAGACAGCGGCUCCGACGACGACAACAACAACGGCGGCGACAUGAUGGGCACGCUGCGGCCGCGCGACGUGGCCCGCCUGCGCCGCCACCUGCGCGACCAGAGCGCCGCGAGCGACCGGAGCAACGCCACCGUCCUGGCCGGCGACCGCGACCCUCGACCGCGAGUCCAGCCGCGGCAUCGGCAUCGCCAUCAACGGCGCCCUGCGCGAGCCGUUCCCCUCCUUCCACCACCACAACCACCACCACCACCGCCGCGAGGACAGCAAGAUCACCCACGACGGCGGAGGCCUGCGCAGCCGCAGCUCGAGUCUGGUUAGUCUGGCGACUGCGACGACGCUGGGGAGUGAUCCGAGGGACAGGGGGAGGGAGGGCGGCGGGUUUAAGCGUGCCAGGGAGGUGGAGGAGGGUGAGGUAAGGGAUGAUUUGGUUGCUUGGACUGUGCCGGGGGCGAGAUAUUAGCGGCUUAAUGUGGUGGGGUUUGGGUUUGGGUUUGGGUUGGUUCGGCCGGCGAGGCGUUUCUGGUGGUGAAGCCAGCGAGGCGUUCAUAGACGAUGAGUUUGUGAGUAAUCUUGGGCUUGUGUCAUUCUUAUUGUAACUAUUUAUUUAUUUGUUUAUUUUGGUGGC